AUGACUCUCGAGUGCGACAGGGACUCUGUGCUAAUGAUAGCACGCUUCUCCUCCGAUGUUGCUCUGCUGUGCGAAAGAAAAGCAAAGUGA